UCUUUAUUGAAUAUUAAAGAAAGAUAAAAUAAUACAUCCAUGAGCAUCAUACGUGAAAUGGAACCCAUAACAAACACUCGCAUCGCAGUAUUUCGUGGUUGUGACAAAUUUCUUAACCUGAUUGUCAACUUCAACAGUUAAUAUUAGUUAAUAUUGUAGUCAAGUGGAAAGAGUGACGCUUUUUUCGUCUUUUUUUACGUGAAAACAUUCUACUUAUGCUGUAGAGAAAUUAAAUGAAGUGAUAAAUGUAUAUAAAAAUAUAAAAUCAAAUCAAUGGAAGAUACUGCUGAUAAAUCAUCAGAUGCAAUCCAAGAAGAAACAGCGUUUAAAUGGCCACAAGAAGCUACUCUCUUAUUAAUAGAUGAAUAUCGAUCGCGGCAAAAUGAUUUUUUAAGUGGAAAGACGUCUCAAAAGAAGAUAUGGCUAUUAAUUGCCGCAAAAAUGUUAAAACAUGGUUACAAAGUUAGUGGAGCACAAUGUUUAUCAAAAUUUUCUGGUUUGAAGAGAACAUAUAAAGCAGUCAAAGAUUAUAAUAAAAGGUAUGGCAGUGGAUCAAGAACAUGGACAUUUUUUCCUCUUAUGGAUGAUUUACUUGGUAUGAAACCAUCUAUGUCAUCUGUAACCACUGUAUCAUCGACUGGAAAAAGAUCGCGAAUGGAAUCUGUAUGUAGUUCAUCUAGUUCAGACAAAGAAGAAUAUAUACAACCUAAAAAAAGCCGACGACCAACUACAAUAGAAAAAUUAAUAGAAGAUUUUAAGAACACUAGUAGAGUCGCAGAAGAAGCUCAAGAGAGAAGACAUAGAGAAAAUAUAGAGCUACGCCGAAGACUUCUUAAUUCCUUUGACAGAAUGUUAAAUAUUUUAGAAAAGAAAUAACUUUAAUUAUGAAAUA